UGAAGCGGGUAGUUAUAUUGGAACUGUGGCCUUGAUUCCGAGGUUAUAGUAGGCACUAGCAGGUUUAUGAUAGAUAGCACAAAUCAUUUUUACUCCCUGAGAGAAACUUCAGUUUGAGAGCUAGAGGAAAUCAAGGAACUCCUUGAUCCUGAGAGGCAGGCUAGCAGAUUAUUAUGCGAAUGAUCUUAAACAUGCAGUCUAUGCUGUUUGCCCUGCAUGCCCUCUGUAUUGUUCUCCUGCAUUUGGUUUAAGAGGAUUUGAGCAUAAACCAGGGCUGCACAAUUCUUGAUGUAAUGGGAAUUUACAUUUCCUUAGAGUUGAGAUCACGGUUCUCACUACAUGACUGACUCGUUGAUCAAUUUUUUGGGACAAUAGGAAGAAUAUGCGGACCUGCCAAGCUUCACGCAUUUCGCACGAGUUAUCGCUUAAAAAUAUUCCAGGAGAGCAAUCUCCUUUGUCCCCCCGAGUAAGGGCAGGUCAGAAUAUAAUGUGUUCUUACAGUCUGCAUUUUGUAUUAUAAACUUACUGACCCUUUUGUGCUGAGCAAAAGUAACUGCUGUUCACGUUAGGGUCCCAAGAGCAUGGGGUGUCCUCCAAAAGUUGAAAGAAAUAUUAACAGGCUGGUUAAAUAAUUAGACGUUUUUGAUUUUCUGCUAACGGCAAAUUAUGGGUGAAAAUCGGUCUUGAUUAGCAUGCCCUGUGUGUGUAAUGCAUCACUGGCUAGUUUUGAGCAAGGCGGCAUGUGCAGCCAUCACUUAAGAUGUGUCGCAAUCAGCUCCCUGGUUAAGAAGUCAGGGCACUGAUCAGGGCGUCCAGUGCACUGGAACAUUCGCGCUCUUCGAUGAAUCGAUGCUCACUACGUUCCCUCACUGGAAAUGAUGUCAUGUUUUCUGAAGCCUCUCUGCUGGGGGGAAAAAAAUGCCGGACGAACUCUCAGCCAACUUCGUCUACAAAUAUAAAGACACACAGAGUUCAGACUCAUCACAACACACAUCAAUUGGGGUCAUUUUUUUUGGUACGUUGGCGAAGGACUUUUCACAGACUGUCAGUCAAGGGGACAUUGUCUUAUUGUCUGGCUUCACCAUCAGCAAGUCCCCUACUGAACAGACUGACGGACUGCAUCCGUGUCUUUUGGAGAUGAGUAGCACUGAUGCCUGUGUGUAUGUGUAUUCACCUAAUGUUGUCGUCUCCAGUCUGCCUGCUGUUGUCAGCUCAGAGUCCAGGUACACAUAUGUCCCUUUAAAUGAACUGAAACCCAGCAGAAUAGUGAAUGUGUAUGGGCUGGUGACCUUCUUCAAACAGCCUUUUCCCACUAAAGGCACAGAUUACUGCUCUACACUGAAGAUCACAGACAAGUCAAAUGUUAAAGUGAGCUGCACCAUUUUCAGUGAAAGGCUCGAGGACCAUCCUAAAAUCUUCAGAAUCGGAGACAUCAUUCGUCUUCACAGAGUGAAGGCUCAGAUUUUCAACGGAUCCAUGACUCUACUGACCACGUUAGGCUGGUCUACCGUCACAUUUGAUGGGAUGAUUGACAGCCCUAUUGAGCCACGAACAUCAAGUAGGACCUUUCAUUUUGGUGAAGCCGAUAAACAUGCAGUGGAGGAGCUGCGUCAGUGGGCAGCAAGCCAACUUCUAGCCAACGAGUCCACUGUCCCCCUGUCCUCGGUACACCCCAAGAUGUUUUUUGAUUUGACCUGCCAGCUGCUAGCUAAAGCCAGAAUGGAUACCAGGUGCAUGCUACUUAAGGUCUGGGAUGGGACAAAAUGUGCGCACCCUCUGCUUAACGUGGCCGUGGCUCCAGAUGCUUUAGAGGGUCAGUCCAGUCCCUCUCAAGAUCGAGAGAACAUGAUCGCUAACGUUCUGGUCUACGACAACCAUGUGGAGGGAGCCAGUAAGUUGAAGCCUGGCAUGUUUCUGCGCCUAUUCAAUCUUCAUGCUGUGACCCAAAGAGCUCCUGAGCAAUCUGCUGACUGUGCCAGCUCCCUCUGCUUCCACCUGCAUGGCGGCACUUCAUACGGUAAAGGUCUGUGUGUGCUACCCUCAGAGAGCCCCGAGCUCCAGCCGCUCAAGAGAUUGUUGGAGGGUCAUGUAGCUGUAGCUGGUGAAGAUGAGGUGAAUGAUGCCACUCUUGUAGAUGUUUGGUAUACUCCUCCCGAGGCUCUUGGUCAAUUCCAACCUCUACACAUCAGAGCUGAACCCAGUGAAGUGGUCAAUGAAGAUUUUUAUACAGUUCGGACAUGUGGACACACGCUGCAGAAGGUAUCUCUUGCUCAUGUGAAGAGCUCGACUGCACCUGUGGUUUGUCACGUUCGUGCCAAGGUGAAAUCUUACCAACCACAGAACCUGUACCAGUGCCUCAAACUCUUCUGUCCGCAGUGUACGACACUAAUGGAGGUCCCCAAUGAUGAGAUUAUAGCUCGGGUAUUCCAGGAUGCUUUGAGAGUCAAUCAGCCGUGCGGUGAGCAUUGGGCAGUCACCUCUUCAGUGGACUCCAUUAGGAUGCACGUGUCCUGUGAGAUGGUCCUGAGCAACACGCACACACAGCUGCUGUUUCUCCAGGGUGUUACACUGGAGGAAAUGUCUGUGAUAUCCGCUGCUCAUAGCAACGUGGUCCCUGUGUGCUCAGAUGAUGAGAGAAUGAGACUGCUGGAUUUCUCAGCCCCAUUCCUCUUCAGAAGAGACAAGAGAUAUUUCGGGUGUAAACGGUGCUCUCGGUCCACGUUUGUGGAGCCUGAGGUUUCUGGAGUAGAGAUAUGGGAUGAGCAUAAUGUGGCCAAAGCUCUUGGCGUGCAGCUGAUGCAGUAUGCUUUGCUGAUGAAAUUUGAGCUAGAGGAUGAGACGGGCACACUUGAAGCUUUAAUUUGGGAGGAUGCUGAGAGAUUCUUCCAGGUCACGGCUGCUGACACAUCAGCUUGUCAGGAUUCACAGGAUAAAGUUCAGAUCACCAUGGAUAGGCUUCAUCCACCAGGGAGCAGCAUGGCAGAGCGCCCGUGGUUGGACCUCUGCCUUAGUGCCUACACUGUAGAAGAGAACAGCAAUCAAGUGUGCUACCAGAUCACUAACACAGAAGCAAGAGGCAAUUUAUACACUCCACUGUGAGGCCAGCUUUUCUUUGUAUGAAGAAUGCUGUGAAAAAACUACAGUACUGCACCUUUGGAUUGAACACACUUCAGUUAGAAAUUUGACAAACUAAAAGUGAGAUUAGCAAAAUGUAUUUUUAUACAAAAUAUUUUGUGUAUUUAAAAGAAAUAGUGUAUGAUGUACAUUGUUUUCCAUUAAUAAAGUGUUUUUUAUUUUUUAUUUUUAAAUAAUAAAUCAUUUUCAGCUAUAUGA